AUGACUGAUCAACACUGGGUUAUUAUCACAGAUAUUGCUGGUCCAAUCGGAUUUUCAAUGUCCAUUUUUUCAAACUCUAUUCUUUUGUUUUUGAUAUUUUCACAUUCAUCUCCAAUAAAAGGUCCAUACAAACGAAUGCUCAUAGUAUUUUGCAUAUUUACCGUAUUCUACUCAUUUGUCGAAGUCAUGCUUCAGCCACUAAUCCAUAUUUACGACGACACUUUAUUUUUGAUUCAUCGAAAGAGAAUAGACUUGCCAAAAUGGUUAACACGUUUGGUUCCUACUACCUAUUGUUGGUGUUACGCAAUGAGUUUUUCCUUGUUUGCAUUACAAUUUUUAUAUAGAUAUGUGGCAGUAUGCAAACCGCAAUAUGUUGAUCUUUUUGUCGGAUGUCACUUUUAUGCUUGGGUAGUUUUGAUCUUAUCACUAGCCACGAGCUGGGGACUCACUGCAGCUUUCAUGUUCCCACAAACCGACCGAACAACUGAAAUUUUUUUGCACAUAAUUUAUAGUUCAUAUGACUUGGAGCCUUAUUGGACAGAUUAUGUUGCUUAUAAAUACUUUGAUACUGAUGAGAAUAAUGUGAGAUGGGUCAAUGUUCUUAGUUUUUUCGGUGUCCUUCAGCACGGGAUUGUAAUUACUCUAAGUUUUGGCACCCUUUAUUAUUGUGGCAUCAACACGUAUCUCAAAAUAAAAAAACACACUGGAACAUCAAACAGAACUCGAUGUAUUCAACUACAACUUUUCAGAGCUCUGGUUGCACAGACAAUUUUACCAAUGUUCAUGAUGUAUAUUCCCGUUGGUUUCAUGUUUGCAUGUCCAUAUUUUGACUUGCAAUUAGGUGCAUACACCAAUUAUCAAACAGUCAUGGCACAACUUUAUCCGGGAAUCGACCCAUUUGUGAUGCUGUUUUUGAUAGAUUCUUAUAGAAUAACAAUAUUUGGAUGGUUAUGUCCAAGAUUUGUUUAUGUAAAGCCGAUGCAUUCCACAUACACCCUAACUUGA